CUGCGGUGCCCGGCUCGAUUUUGCGUCGCCCGUCUUUCCUGGUCGUCGAGAGGAGUGGCUGCCCAUCCCUCUGGCUUUCUGGCGGCGUCAUGGCAGAGCUGGAGAGCCUGGAGUUCGGCAAAGCAGAUUUCGUGCUUCUCGACACCGUGUCUAUGCCGGAGUUCAUGUCCAAUCUCCGGUUGAGGUUUGAAAAGGGACGGAUCUACACAUUUAUUGGGGAAGUAGUAGUUUCUGUAAAUCCUUACAAGAACUUGAAUAUCUAUGGCCGUGAUACAAUUGAGCAGUACAAAGGGCGGGAGCUGUAUGAGAGACCACCUCACCUCUUUGCCAUCGCAGAUGCUGCAUAUAAAGCCAUGAAGAGACGAUCAAAGGACACGUGCAUUGUAAUAUCAGGUGAAAGUGGAGCAGGUAAAACAGAAGCAAGUAAAUACAUUAUGCAGUACAUCGCUGCCAUUACUAAUCCAAGCCAGAGAGCUGAAGUUGAAAGGGUGAAGAACAUGCUGCUGAAAUCCAACUGUGUUCUGGAAGCUUUUGGCAAUGCGAAAACUAACCGUAAUGACAACUCCAGCCGCUUUGGAAAAUAUAUGGAUAUCAAUUUUGAUUUCAAAGGAGACCCAAUAGGCGGGCAUAUCAAUAAUUACUUGCUGGAAAAGUCCCGGGUGAUUGUGCAGCAACCAGGAGAGAGGAACUUUCACUCCUUCUACCAGCUUCUUCAAGGAGGCUCUGAGCAGCUCCUGCGAUCUUUACAUCUACAUAAAGAUUUAUCUGCUUAUAGCUAUAUUAGUGCUGGAGUACAUCCAAAGUGUGCCAUUAAUGACAGUGCUGACUUCAAAGCUGUUGCCGAUGCAAUGAAAGUGAUUGGGUUUGGACCAGAGGAGAUUCAGACAGUGUACAAAAUACUUGCUGCCAUUCUGCAUUUGGGCAACUUGAAGUUUUCUGUGGAUGGGGAAACACCGCUGAUUGAAAAUGGCAAGCUAAUAUCUGUCAUUGCAGAUCUGCUCUCAACUAAGGCUGAGAUGGUGGAGAAGGCCCUGCUUUUUCGAACGGUAGCUACUGGUCGUGACAUCAUCGAUAAGCAGCACACAGAGCAAGAAGCCACUUAUGGCAAAAAUGCAUUUGCAAAGGCAAUAUACGAGCGUCUUUUCUGCUGGAUCGUGAUGCAUAUCAAUGAUGGGAUUGCAGUAAAAGACUGCAACAACACGGUUCAUGGCAAAAACACAGUCAUUGGAGUCCUUGAUAUCUAUGGCUUUGAGAUCUUUGACAGUAACAGUUUUGAACAAUUCUGCAUCAAUUACUGCAAUGAGAAGCUGCAACAACUCUUCAUUCAACUUGUUUUGAAGCAAGAACAGGAGGAAUAUCAGCGAGAGGGGAUUCCUUGGAAGCAUAUUGACUACUUCAACAACCAGAUCAUUGUUGAUCUUGUGGAGCAGCAGCAUAAGGGGAUCAUAGCCAAUUUGGAUGAUGCGUGCAUGAAUGUUGGAAAAGUCACUGAUAAGAUGUUCCUGGAGGCUCUUAAUAAGAAGUUGGGCAAGCAUGCUCACUUCUCCAGCAGAAAGCUUUGUGCCAUGGAUAAAAACCUGGAAUUUGAUAGAGACUUUCGGAUUAAGCACUAUGCUGGAGAUGUUAUUUAUUCAGUCACCGGAUUCAUUGAUAAAAAUAAGGACACUUUAUUUCAAGAUUUCAAGCGCUUGAUGUAUAACAGUUCCAACCCUGUGCUGAAGAAGAUGUGGCCAGAAGGCAAACUGAGUAUAACAGAAGUGACCAAGCGGCCACCGACUGCUGCUACACUUUUUAAGAACUCGAUGAUUGCCUUAGUGGACAACUUGGCAUCCAAGGAACCGUAUUAUGUCCGCUGCAUUAAACCCAAUGACAAGAAGUCACCACAGCUGUUUGAUGAGGAACGAUGCAGGCAUCAGGUUGAAUACCUUGGACUUCUGGAAAAUGUGAGAGUACGGCGGGCCGGAUUUGCCUAUCGCCAAACAUAUGAGAAGUUUCUUCACAGGUACAAAAUAAUCCCUGAAUUUACUUGGCCAAAUCACAAACUACCAUCUGACAAGGAGGCUGUGAAGAAAUUGAUUGAGCACUGUGGGUUCCAAGAUGAUGUGGCAUAUGGAAAGACAAAGAUUUUCAUUCGCACACCACGAACACUCUUCACAUUGGAAGAAUUGCAUGCCAAGAUGCUUGUAUGGGUGGUUCUCUUUCUGCAAAAGGUUUGGAGGGGCACGUUAGCUCGACUCCGAUACAAGAGGACCCGAGCUGCCCUCCAGAUUAUAAAGUGUUACCGUCGAUACAAAGUGAAGUCUUAUAUCUGUGAGGUUGCCCGGCGAUUUCAAAAUGUGAAGUCUAUGAAAGAUUAUGGAAAGCACGUGAAAUGGCCUAAUCCUCCAAAGGUUCUGCGACGGUUUGAAGAAGCUCUGCGUGCAAUCUAUUACAGAUGGAGAGCACACGAACUCAUCAAAAGUAUCCCACCCAAAGAUUUGCCACAAAUCAGGGCAAAGGUGGCAGCAAUGGAGUUGCUUAAGGGCCAUCGAGGUGAUAUCGGGUUGCAAAGGGUCUGGCAGGGCAACUAUCUUGCAUUGAAUCCAGGUAAUUCUCAGGCUACAGGUUCAUUCACCCCUGCUACUUUUGAGUUGCAACGAAAGGACAAGUUCAUGAGCAUUCUUUUCUCAUCUGAAGUUCGUAAGAUAAACCGCUUCAAUAAGGUAGAAAAUCGAGCAAUUUUUAUAACUGACAGGCAUCUUUAUAAGAUGGACCCUACAAAGCACUACAAAGUGAUGAAAACUAUCCCACUGUAUAAUCUAACAGGACUGAGUGUCUCUAAUGGAAAGGAUCAGCUUGUGGUUUUCCAUACGAAAGAAAACAAAGACCUAAUUGUCUGUCUCCUGAAUAUGCAUUCACUUAAUGAGAACAGAAUUGGGGAGCUGGUUGGAGUCUUGGCAAAUCACUUCAAAAGUGAAAACCGUCGCCUGCAAGUAAACAUCACCAACCCUGUCCAGUGCAGCAUGCAUGGGCGAAAAUGCAGCAUUUCAGUGAAAACCAAAAUCAACCAGUCAGAGCCAAACUUUAUCAAGGAUCGGACAGGUUUCAUCCUCUGGGUGCCUGAGAAUUAAUAUUACUCUCCCGCAAAGCAGACUUCCACAUGCCUCUGAUUCCUUCAGUCUUGGUGCCUUCAGUCUUAUGGAGGGAGGGGUAUGAAAGUGUUUGUGACACACAUCUAGACCUUGUUAAAGCCCUAUGAAUCGAGAACUUGAAAUGCUCCCUCCAUUAAGCCAAUUACGAGCUUAAUUUAUUGUCCAAUCCAUUUUGUACCAAAGUGCUUUUUAUUAAUGAAUUCCCCAGAUAUACUGUAUAAAAUUAUUGUAGAACUAAUAGUUGAGGCUGCAUUGGGAGGAACCAAAGACUUGUGUGGGAAGAAACAGAAUGAACCACUUUGGAUUUUACAAAUGCCAAAUCUUAAUUUUAAAUGGGAGCCACUGUAUAUUUGGGGGAAAGAGAUUUUCUGUAGCACAAGGAUAAGAGGCUGGAAGUUACUUCCCUCUAGGCUGCUCCACCUCUUCCAUCUUUUUUCCAAAGAGGUUUCCUCUGACCCUCUGAGAGUGUUCAGGCUGGGAAUUCAUUGUUUUGUUGGUGAGUUCUAUGGUGGAACUCAAGGACUUGCUGAGCUUACACUGUACUCCUGUAUGACUUCUUGGUGGGUCUGGCUUGUAACAUAUUAGCAAACCUUCCCCUUCCCCUUUUAGUAUUCAGCUUGGCUCAGAUUCUCCUUAAUGGCUGACUUUCGGGUUCUGCUCUUACUGCAAGCACUGGAGCCCAUAGCUUGGGCCAGUAUAUAAGGUGCUUCCUUUGAGCAGCUGGCAUCCUUCUGCCCAGUGUAGACUUGCAGUUGCCUUUUUUGCUUGUGCAGCUCUCUGCUGAGGUGUAGUGUAGCCUUGUUAGCAGGGCUUUGUUUCUUCUUGUGCCAAAAUAAACAUGCUUUAUUUGACAUUGAUAGAGAGCACGUCCAGCAUCUUAAAACAAGGGAGGAGAUGUGCUGUUUUGAACCACUUAGAAGUAAAUAAAUAAUUGCAAACCUGACACUGCUGGACAGGUCAGGACUUAAAUACUUACGACUGCACACAGCCUAGGAAUAAAGCAGUGAUGGUAGGGAUAAUUGCUUCAGUAUGCCUGCUUCUGUUUUAAGUGUAAGAAGGCAGUACUUCCCAUUUCUGUGAGCGGAGGUGCAAAAUGGCAAACAUGUGUUGCCUGACUAGCUACUAGAAGUCUUAUUGUUUGCUUCUGAGUCAUUCUUAAAUAUGCCUCAUUUCCUAAGUGGGACUAUCUGCAUCUGCCCAAGAUGAGUUAUUGCUCUCCUUUUCUAAUUAGUUUUCCAUGAAAAGGAUUGCUAUCUCUAGUCCUUUCUUUUCCUAUUGAUUGGUCCAAUCUUCUAGGAUCUUCAAGUGCUCUUAAAAGGGCUUCUUCAACAAAGUGCUUUCCAGAUAGGGAAUCUUAUCUUAAAUCCCGUAAUUCCCAGUCAGAAACUAUCUGGCUAGAAUUUAUGGGAGACAAAAUACAACAUAGAUGGAACCAGCAAACAGAAUGAAAGUUGCCGCCCUAGGAAAUCAAUAUAAUUGUAGUUUAUGGAAGUCUCUUCAUGUGUUCUCUUGUUCAUGUCCCCGAAUGCCAGCACAUCCAUGAUGAAAAGCAAGCAGGAGAGCCCGAUCCUUCAUUUCUUCUGAAAAAGAAGUUGGAUCUUGACCAAUCUAGCUGCCCAGACUGAGCAUUUGCAGUCCUUUCUCUACUGCAAAUAGGAAAGUGGACUGCCUCACCUUCCUGGUCCUCUUUUCUCUCCUUCUGCCUUACCAAAGUGCCUUCAAACAUUUACUUUCGAAGCAGCCAAAUUAGCCUCAGAAGUUUUAAAAUUAGCACUUUUAUUUCAUAGCCCAAAAUAAAGGCUGGAUUUGAAUGAUGACCAAAUUUAUGAGAAUUGUGUGGCAGAGGAAAUCUUUCCACAUAAAGAUAUAAAUCUAUUAAAUUGAUUAUAUAAUGUGUAAUGAAGUAUUUUGAUUUGAAUGAAUUAUCAGUAUUUCUAUCUUUAUUGAUUUGUGUGUAUGUUUGGGGGUGGGGGAGCAGAUCGAAUCCAGUACUCUGUUUGCAUCAACAAAGGUAGUUUCUGCUACGAAAAAGGAGCAGGUAAUUCCUCCUCCCCUCUGUGCACUCUCAACUUGCUCUGCAGGGCACCCAAUCACCAGGGGAGUGUGGAGGGUGGGCAUGGGACUGCAGAGAGGAGGAGAAGAGAGAAGGAAGUCUGAGCGUAGGAGCUGCUCACGGGAUACUGGAUUCUGCCUUAUGUGUGCGUUUCUGGAUUUUAUCUAUAAAUUAACUAUUUCUUAAUUGUAUGCCUGAUUUUUAAGCCUGAGGUAAUAGUGUAAUUAAUAUUUUAAAACAGUUUAUACAGAAAUGUGGACACAAGUCCUAUUCAUAAUUAAGAUGUAUUUUUGUUUAUAUAAUUGAAAUAAAAGGACUCUCACUUGUACCCAA